GUGAUGAAAUGAUCUGGCGUGCAGAUGCAGGGAAGUCUGAAUUAAUUACUACGGCAUUGUAUUUACAUAAAUUGUAAAAUGAUAUUUGAGAUCGUCAUUAACACUUGAACCAUUGGAUUGAAGCUGUAUUUUGUCAGAUGUGAACUUAAAUCUCGAUCAACCUACAAUGAAUGAAGAGAUCAUGGACUACACCAAUGCAACAGAGAGUAGAGAGAGAGAUGUGGCAAAAAAUGUCAAAGAGCUUGGGACAGAAGGAAUGGGACCGAAAGAAGUAGAGGAAAUCUUUCACAGACUUCACCUUGAAGGCAAGCAUGUUCAUAGACUGAGAGCUGCAGAUGUUCUUCAGUUAACUGAACAUUCAUUAGAGUCCAAUGAGUUUUGUGCUGAGGAGGGGUUGGUUAUGUCUUUCAUACAAAAGUUACUUAAAAUGGACUACAUGGCAAGAUAUGUUAAAGCUAAACAAAUCAAUAAGCAGCAUAACACACCACAAAGGACAAUUGACAUACAUGAAGAUGAUGGUGAUAUUUUCAAAGAAAUGUCAUUUUCAAAUGAAAUAAUGACCAAAACUGAUGGGGUACACCAAAUGGACAUUCAGAUGGCUGUGUUUCAUUGUGCUGAUGGUCUCCUGAAGCAGCUGAUGGUCACUAAACUGUCCCAGUGUCAGUACGCUCUGCCUCUGCUUGUUCCUGAUCCAUUCACACAACAGAUUGAGUUUCCUCUCUGGACAUUCAGACAAAUCAACAAGAGCUGGAAGAUGAGAAACAACAACAAUGAGAUCAACAGUAAAACCACGCCAGUUUACAAGGCAGAAACUUCAAUGGUGUCUUUCUUCAGGUUUGGCUCUGUGUCCUCAUCUAAGUCUCAGCUGAUGAACAGUCUGAUCAAUGAGAAACACAACACGUUCUUCCACAGGAACUGCCCAGGCAGCAGCAGAACCAGAGUCCUGAUGGAUGGAGUGGUGGAGAUUGCCUGGUUCUGCCCUUCUGGGAAAAAUGCAGAUAAAUUCCCUGACUGUGUUGCGUUCUGUAAUCUACACGGUGAUGCAGGAGACCAUGAGAAACAGCUGGAGAUCCUCACUGAAAUGGCUUCAGUCAAUGUUGUUCUUCUACCACAACUUGACAGCAAUGAUAGAAGUGCAGCAAUAAUUAGAAACCUGUACAAGAAUUCAACGCCACUCAUUUGUCUUUUUACAAAGGAAGUUUCAACUGUCACUGAAACACGGAAAGGAAAAUACAAGAUUGGUUUGAAAGACAGAAAUCAGUCAGAUGUAUCUGAGGAACUCAGAAAAACUAUAAAUGAUUGUCUCUCAGAAUCAUCUUCCACUUUCAGACUUGAAGAUGUGUCCAAACACUCAGAUAUAAGAGUAGAUGAGGAAGAUGAUGCUGACUGCAGGAGAGGAAGAGAAGCAGCACAGCAGAUGAUGAGUUUACUAGAGAAGAAAGAUCUGACAGAAAUCAAAGAAUUAAUUCUUCCUCAUCAGGGGAAACUGUGGCAUCAGUGGUGUCAGAAGAACAAAGAACUACAUCGACCUCAAGCAGAUGAUCUAGAAAUGGAAAUCAGUAGAAAACAUACAGAAAUGAAGAAAAUCCGUGAAAGACAGCAUAAAUCUGACAUUAGUGAGUUUAUAAAGUUCUUUAUUGAACAAAUGAACUCAAAUGCCGCAAAUAAGAUGUUUUUCCUCAAAUGGCUUGGAAUCCUCCUGGAUGAACAUACAUCAGCUGACCUUUCUGCUCUACAUCACAAAUAUGAUGAAAAGUGGUCAACAGUCUUAAAGCUGAAAGAAAACAAUGAUAAAUCUAAAAAACUAAAUGCUGAACAAGCAGAACUUGAGAGACUAUCUGAGGAUCUUCAAGCUGUAACCUUUGGUUUGGAGCACAUCAUGAGGGAGAUCGGUCAGAUCUAUGAAUCAUGUUCAUCUGUGAAGAAGAACAAGAAAGACCUGCAGUUUGACUUCUCUUCUCUCCCGAGUCUUGCAGCAGAGAUGAUGAUCUCUGGAUUUCCACUGGAGCUGAUGGAUGGAGAUGCUGCUCAUGUUCCUGUGUUCUGGAUCUCUGCUGUUCUAGAGGAACUCAUCCAGAAACUGGGAGACCAGAGAGUCUUUGUGCUGUCAGUUUUAGGGAUUCAGAGCUCUGGAAAAUCCACCAUGCUGAAUGCCAUGUUUGGACUCCAGUUUGCCGUCAGUGCUGGCAGGUGCACCAGAGGAGCUUUCAUGCAGCUGGUCAAAGUGUCAGAUGAGAUGAAAACACAGUUGAACUUUGACUAUAUUCUGGUUGUUGAUACUGAGGGUCUUCGUGCUCUAGAACUGGCUGGAAGAUCAACAAGACAUCAUGAUAAUGAACUGGCCACAUUUGUUGUUGGUCUUGGAAAUCUAACCUUGAUCAAUAUCUUUGGAGAAAACCCUGCUGAGAUGCAGGACAUUCUUCAGAUUGUUGUUCAGGCCUUCAUGAGGAUGAAGAAGGUCAGACUGUAUCCCAGCUGUGUGUUUGUGCAUCAGAACGUUUCAGACGUCACAGCUGGAGAGAAAAACAUGGAGGGAAGGAGACGAUUGCAGAAGACACUGGAUGAGAUGACAAAACUCGCUGCUAAAGAUGAAAUCUGUGAUGUUGAAUGUUUCAGUGAUGUCAUUAGAUUUGAUGUUCAGAAAGAUGUGAAGUAUUUUGCUCAUCUUUGGGAGGGCAGCCCACCCAUGGCACCACCAAACCCAAACUACUGUGAGAAUAUUCAAGAACUAAAGCAAACCAUUAUUUCUCAGGUCUCAAAAUCAGAUGGAAUGAUGCUGAUAGACUUAAAAGAUAGAAUUAAUGAUCUCUGGGAGGCUUUACUGAAUGAACGCUUUGUCUUCAGCUUCAGAAAUUCUCUGGAGAUUUCAGUCUACAGGAAACUAGAGAGACAAUACAGCAAGUGGACCUGGAGUCUUCGCAGCACCAUGAUGGAAAUUGAGAACAAACUACACAACCAAAUAGAAAAUGAAGCAAUUCAUGAGGUUGAGGAAACUGAACUUCAAAGGCAACUGAAGAAGACAAGUGGAGAAGUAAAAAAAUCAAUGUCUGAAUUAUUUGAGAAAGACAAAGAUAAAGAUAUACUGAUUCAGUGGAAAACAUCAUUUGAAAUCAAAAUUAAAGAGCUUCAGGAAAACAUUGUGAGAGAAACAAAUAGGAAAUUAAAUGAGAUUCUUCAGCAGCGAGACCUGAAGAAAAAGAUUGAUGGUCAUAGGACACAUCAUGAAAACACUCUCUUGGAAAAGAGCAAAGAACUUGCCUUAAAACUCAAAGACAAAGCUAAAGACGAAGAAACACUGAAGAAAGAGUUUAAUUUAUUUUGGCAAGAAAGUGUGAAUAAGAUCAUCAGAGACACUCCUUCAACCAAACACAUUGACAUAAUGAGAGAUGUGAAAAUCCUCCUCAGUGACAUCUAUGAAAGUGCUCCUGUAGAUCACUGCAUGGUGAGCAGGAAUAUUUUCUCUGUGCCCAAUUAUUCAGGUUAUGUACAGUUAAAGAAAACCAGCGGAUUUACAGCACAUAGGGGUAUUAAAGGUGCCAUUAGAGCAGCUAAAGAGAAGCUUGGUUUUCUAAAUAACCAUUCUCUGUCUCUAGAAGAUGAAGCCCAAAUACGAUUUUUAGUCACAGAUGUUGCUCAGCAGACAGACACAAUGAUUCAGUCAUUUAACAUUUCAAAGAUGGGCUACAACAUCAGCUGCAUUCAACAACUCACAGGUUACAUCAAGGCAAGAGUAAGAGAACAUGAGGAAGGACAAGUGAAAUAUAUGUUCAAGAAUGAAUUUUUUAAUGAUUUGAUUAUUUCCAUCUGUAAGAGAUCAACCAAGAUGAUCACUGACCAACACAGACUGUUCAGGGAAGCCAAUGAUCCUGUAAUUUAUGUUGAGAAGAAGAGAGAAGAGUACUAUAGUAUUUUCCAGAAACACCUCCAUGGAGCAACAUCAGCUGCCAUUUUUGGAGAGAUCAUCUGUCAGAAACUGAAAGAGCCCAUUGAGCAGAGUGUCUACAAGAAGACUGCCAGAGAUUUAGCAGAUGAAAUGAGAUCAAACUGUGAGUCACUGAAUGGAAACAGAUCAAAUCUGGAGAAACACAUCCUGAAGACACUGGCAGAAGAGGAGGAUUUUGACAAAUACACAAACUACAUUCAUAAUCCCAGAGAUCACUUCAAGAGCUUCAUCAGAGAUGAAGUCAGUCAGUACAUCACUGAUAAGUUCAGUGUCAGUGUUUUACCCAAGAUGAAGGAGAACAUUGAACUCCUGCAGCAGAAGAUCAUGAAAGCAGCACAUGAAUCUACUGAACAUGUUCAAGUGAACAGAGGAGAUGUUGGUUUGUGGUUGAAGAGUUUCACACAGCAGCUCUCAGAUGUGCUGAUCUUCUCUGAAAAAGACCUCAGUGGAGUGAAACAUGAUGAUGUUGAUGAUUUAAACCUCCUAGAAAAUGUGAUAAGACAAGAACUUCCUACUAUAAUGUCUGACAUCAGCAGGAGAUUCAAUACAAAGACUUUUCCAGUAAAGCUGGACUAUAAAGAAAGGCCAGAUGAGCUUCUGACUGAUCACUUCUGUCAGUGCUGUUGGGUUCAGUGUCCGUUCUGUUAUGCCAUCUGCACAAACACCAUAGAAAGCCAUGAUGGAGAUCACAGUGUUCCUUUCCACAGAGUGACUGGAGUUUCUGGGUGGUCUUUUCGGGAGACAACAAACUUGUGUAUUAGCAUCUGCACAUCAUCAGUAUCAAGCAGCACUGAAUCUUUUUAUCCCAAUGCCUCAGAUGAUACAGUGCUCUGGAGAGAAUACAGACAAGGAGGAGGAGUUUAUGCAGACUGGAGCAUCACCCCUGACCUCUCUGAACUGCCCUACUGGAAGUGGUUUGUAUACAAAUUCCAGAAAGAUCUGGAAAAAUACUACAAUAAAACAUUUGAUGGUAGUGGUAAGAUCCCAGAUGAAUGGAGAAAAUACUCAAAACAGGAAGCACUUGAGAGUUUGGAUAAAUACAUAUAAUUGAAUCUGUGAACUGAUCUCUACUUAUAAGACAAUAAAGAUUUUUUUUUUUUUUUUUUUUGGAAAGUUUCACUACAAAUCUUCAUUGCAGUAAUAAGUUUAUAAUCAUGAAAACUAAAAUAUUAUUUUCGUAAUGAACUAAUUGAGAUAAUCAUUGAAAAUUAUUUAAAUUUAGAGUUCGGUAUUCAAGUAUAACAGAAAUUAUACUGUGUGUUUAGUGCAUGUGUGCACAUUAAGUGUUUUUUUUUUUUUUCAUUAUUAUUAUUAACAGGAACGUUUCUUGAUAUUUCACUAUCUGGCAAUUUUUGUAUGCAUUUACUUUAGAGGGUUUGAUCUGUUGAAUUCUAUUUCUUUUAUUAUUUUUAAUCAGUAAGUAACUUUGAUAAUCCUGCAUAUUAAACAACCUUAAAAUUUAAAUCCAAUACAAAUGUAAACAGUUGCUGAUAAGUUUUUAUUUUUUAAUGUUUUUUUUUUUUUUUUUUGCUGAUAAUAAGUUUUUUAAGUGCUGAUAAUAAGUUUUUUAAGUGCUGAUUAUAAGUUGUAUUGUAGCCCCACAAAAAAACAAAAACAAAAAACAAAAAAAAAAAACAAUUGUCAUUGUUACAUAUUUUUUCACGAAUUUAAAUGUUACAUUUCUGUAUGGAUUUUCAUAGCUGAUGAAAUCAAACCUAAAAUAAAAAAAUGAAUGUCCAAUAAUUGUAC